AUGGGUUGUCGAGUCAUCUCCGGUGGCUAUCACUCGACAGAGCGGAAAAACGGUGACUUGCGGCUCUCCGACGGCUGUCACCUGACAGAGAGGAGCUGGAUGGAGGUGGGGUGCGUGUUAGGGAGCUUCAUCCUCAGGUCCGCACAACAAGAGGAGGCUCUUCAUCGCAUCUGGUAUGCUCUUAGGAGGUGGCGACUCAUCUCUUGGCGGAUCGUCCUCUUUCCGACGACGGCUUAUUUGUCAAUCAAUUGGAGAUGUUUUACUCAAUGGUUUCGCGAUCCUUUUAUCGCGAAUCGUUCAGCAAUUUUAGUAGCAAUGCUUCGCGAAUCAUGUUAACGAGAUUUUCGCCGAUGAUCUAGCGAUUCUCGUUGCUUAAUCCUUUACCGGUGAUUUGCAGGAAAGUCACGAUAAUUAGAUAAAAAUAUAUAAAUUUUGACUCUAGGAGGAUUCGAACCCAUGCUGGUUGCCCCGCCUCUUCUGAGGAAGGUGAUGGGUUUAAUCCCACAUCAGUUGUGUGCUGAAUAUUCGAGCGUAUAAAUAGUAAUGUAACAUUUGUAAGCAAAGUCCAUCUCACGCGUGUACGACCACUCCUUUCCCCAUAGCCGGCUGGCCACCAGUGACGUGGAAGGGGAGUGGCGCACAUGUGCCCCAUCAAUCCAAGCAAAGCCAAGCCGCUCGAGCUCCUGCUCGUGGCUACUCUCCGACUGA